AUGUUUGGGCUGGAGCAGUUUGAGCCUCAGAUCAGCAGCAGAAACGCCGGACAAGGAGAGAGAAACUUUAGCCAGGCCGGACUGACCAUGAGCUCCCACUUCAAAUCGCCAGCUUUCCACUCUGGGGGCCCCGCGGAUCCGGCCAUCAGCGCCCUGGCCGAGCCUCCCAUCCUGGGCAUGAACAUGAACAUGGCUGGGGAAGCGUACGGCUUCCAUGCCCGGGGACACUCGGAGCUGCAUGCAGGGGGGAUGCAGGCUCAGCCGGUUCAUGGCUUUUUCGGCAACCAGCAGCCUCACCACGGUCAUCCCAACACCCACCACCCGCACCAGCAUCACCCGCACUUCAGCGGCAACUUUGGAUCCGAUCCCAGCGCCUCCUGCUUGCAUGGAGGGCGGCUGAUGAGCUACAACAACAUGGGCAGCCAGCAAGCGUUUGCAGAGGGGUAUGAACAUAUGGCUGAGAACCAAGGAGGCGAAGGCUUUGGACAGCAAAGGUCAGGUAACAUGCCCGAUUUCCAGCACCACAACUCCAGCGCCUCUAACCACGCCGUGCCAGCACCCUGCCUCCCACUGGAUCAGUCUCCCAACCGGGCUGCCUCCUUCCAUGGGCUUCCAGCCUCCAGCUCCUCGGAUUCCCAUAGCCUGGAGCAGAGGCGGCUUCCCAACCAGGGCGGCGUCGAUUCUUUGGAAUACAAUUACCCCAGCGAUGGCCCUUCAGGACACUUUGAUUUGCCAGUGUUUUCCCCUUCCGAGUCAGACGGGCAGCUUCCUCACUAUGGUGCUGGCAGACAAGUUCCUGGGGGCGGCAGUUUCCCUGGCACAUCUGUUUUGCCCAGAGCACCAGGCAUAGUGGGGAUGUCCAAAGUUCACCCGCAGCAGCAACAUGGUGUAUUCUUUGAAAGGUUUGGAGGUGCUCGUAAGAUGUCUGUGGGCAUGGAGCCUGGUGUUAACGCCAGACAUCCUUUAAUGCAACAGCAGCAACAGACAGGUUUACUGGCCAGACAAAACUCCUGUCCGCCAGCAAUUCCUAGGCAACAGCAAACAGAAGCCAAUACUCCCAACCCCAACUUGCAGGACAAUGGGCCAAUAAUGCAGAACCAGCAUGCACAGUUUGAAUACCCUAUUCAUAGACUGGAGAAUAGGAAUAUGCAUCCAUAUACUGAUCCCGUGUUUAAUAUGCAGCACCCUCCUCCGCAACAGCAACCAAAUCAAAGACUGCAACAUUUUGAUGCCCCGUACAUGAAUGUGGCCAAGAGGCCUAGGUUUGACUUCCCCAGUAACCCCGCUGUCGAUAGGUGCGCGUCCUGGAAUAACAAUCUGCAUAGCGCGGGGAUGGAAAACCAUCUAUCGCCUUCCGCCUAUCCCGGCCUCCCGGGCGAGUUCACGCCGCCGGUCCCGGAGAGCUUUGCCCCGGGCCCGCCGCUCCAGCACCCGGGCCCCGACCCGCAGGCCCUGCAGCAGCGCCAGAACGCCGCCCUGAUGAUCAAGCAAAUGGCGUCCCGGAACCAGCAGCAGAGACUCAGGCAGCCCAACCUGCAGCAGCUGGGGCACCACGCGGACGUCGGCCCGAGCAGCCUGGUGCACGCGGGCCCCGUGGGCAACAUGCCGCAGCCCGGCUUCGAGCGCGAGAGCGCAGGCCGGGGGCCCAACUUCGAGCCGCAGACCCCGCACCUGGCCCAGGACAGCGGCUGGUUCCCCGGCCCGCACCCGCCGGGAGAGCUGCUGCCGCGGCGCAUGGGCGGCCCCGCCGAGCCCGGCCCGCACGACCUCAGCCUGCCGCAGAACGGCUCCGGCCUGCUCUUCCGGCCGGCCGUGGGCGGGCUGGGGCUGGCGGGGGAAGGACACGUGCCGGCCCUGCACUCCCCGGGCGUCCACUCCCAGUUCGGCGCCGGCCUGGCCCCGCUGCAGUCCCCCGGCGGCGGCGUGGGGCUGCCCAGCGCGCCCGCCGAGCGCCGGCCGCAGCCCGACUUCGCCGCGCCCCCGCUGGGCGGGCAGGCGGGCUUCGCCUUCGGCGCCUCAGGCCGGCCGGCCCCGCCGCACAGCGCGCCCGGCGCGAGCGCCUCGCCCGGCGCCUUCCCGCCGCCGCCCGAGUUCCCGCCGGCGCCGCGCGCCGCGGCCAGCAAGCUGGGCGCGCUGUCGCUGGGCUCCUUCGCCAAGCCGGCCAAGGAGAACGUGUUCGGGCAGAGCUGCCUGGCCGCGCUCUCCACCGCCUGCCAGAACAUGAUCGCCAGCCUGGGCGCGCCCAACCUGCACGUCACCUUCGCCAAGAAGAGCCCGCCCGAGGGCAAGCGCAAGCUGGGCCCGCCCGAGCCCGACGGCGGCCCGGCCCCCGGCCCGGACUUCUUCCCCGGCGGGGCGGCCGCCGCCAAGGCCCCGCCCGGCGCGCCCGAGACCAGCCUCUCGCCCGGCUACGCGCCCGAGGCCCCGGGCGGCGAGGCCAAGGCGGCGGCUGGCGGGCGAGGGCGGGGCCGGCGGAAGCGGGACAGCGGCCACGUCAGCCCGGGCGGCUUCUUCGACAAGUUCCCGCCGGCCGAGGGCGGCGGCGCGGCCAGCCCGGGCCCGCCCGACAAGCCGCUGACCUCGCCCUCCUGGGCCAAGGGCGGCGAGCUGCUGCUGGCCGAGCAGCCCGACCUCAUGGCCUCGCUGGACAGCGGCAUCCAGAGCGCCAGCAAGUCGGACGGCGGCUCCCCGCGCGGGGACUUCCCCGACGAGCCCAGCCCCGCCUACGGCCACGAGGACGAGGUGUCCUCCAGCUCCGACAGCGCCCUGGCCAAGCCCACGCGUAGCCCGCUGCUGGGCGGCUCCCCCAAGCUGCCGCGGGCGGAGCACGCGCUGCUCGGCGGGCAGAAGCCGCUGGGCCUGGGCCUGCUGGGCGCCGCGGCCCCGGCCCCGGACAGCUACGGGCUGGGCGGCGGCGGGGGCGCCCACCCGGGCACCCCGGGCCUGGAGCAGGUGCGCACCCCCACCAGCACCUCGGCCCAGGACGAGAUCCACCCGCUGGAGAUCCUGCAAGCGCAGAUCCAGCUCCAGCGGCAGCAGUUCAGCAUCUCCGAAGACCAGCCGCUGGGCAUGAAGAGCAAAAAGGCCGAGUGCCCCAGCCAGAACGGGGAGGGCGACUUGAACAGUUGUUGCUCGGAUAACGUCAAAGGUGCCAUGAGCACGAUAGACCUGGACUCUCUGAUGGCAGAGCAUAACUCGACCUGGUACAUGCCUAGCGAGAAAUCCUUGAUGGAGGGACAAGAGGAGGACAAACCUAUGGCACCGUGGGAGAAGUCAAAGCCUCAGAAUCCCAGCAAAGAAGCCCACGACCUUCCCCAGAACAAGACCUCAGCUGCGGCGCAGACUGGCAGCCAUUUGCAAUGCCUCUCAGUCCACUGCACGGAUGACAUGGGCGAGUCGAAGGGCCGGACUGCGGUGCCGACAUGGAGAUCCCUGCACUCAGACAUCUCCAACAGAUUUGGGACUUUUGUGGCUGCCCUGACUUGA